AUGUCCAUGAGAGCUCUUGAGGGGCAGAACUACGGGAAUGGCCCAUCGUUUCUAAACCGGUUCGCCAGCUGCCUUGUCCUCACCGUUAUGCUCCUGCUCGUCGUCUCUGGCGCCAUAGGCUUCAUGUUUGCGACAUCACAGCCUCUCACUGAUAUCGAGCUCGUCAGCAUGAAGAACGUGCUGGCGAGUGAGCAAGAGCUCAUGUUUGACUUGACUGUCAAAGCGCAUAAUCCCAACGUCGUCGUCGUUAUCAUCGACUCGGCAGAUAUCGAAAUCUUCGCCAAGUCCCCUCAUGCUGGGACCGAUUCGGAAUGGUGGCGUAGACCACACGACUCGGGCUCCUUCUCUGCUCGUCGCAGUUCCAAUGGGGAUCUCGAAACCCUUGAUGAUCCCAAGGACGAUCCCCCGUUGGACGACAGCGCGCCGAACAUGAGAUUGGGAACCAUCCGGGAGUUUGAUAGCCCUCUAUCUUUCGAGGGGUCCUUCUUCCACCAAGGAAUAUCCGCUUCGACCGGCGAGGUUCGACUUCAAAGGCCUGGUAAUGGCACAGAUGGCGGUUCGGAGCGCUGGGAACGCAUUUUGCAGGACGAGUUCGACUUGAUCCUGAAGGGUGUCCUGAAGUACUCCCUCCCACUAAGUCAACGUAUUCGAAGCGUCGCGAUAUCCGGGCGAACCACUGUCAAACCAAAUUCGGCGAACGACCCGACACUACGUCCAAAUAGCACGGACGUCACCAUAUCAUAA